CUUGAUCUGCCACAGCGCAGUAAUGGCUUUGCUGUCUGGCACGCUGCAGAAACGUGCUGUGGGUUUUGUUCUGUGAGAAAACGAGUCGACCGUCGAGUUGCCAGGAUGGCGGAUGGCGGGGGGACGCUGGCGCAGCACCGCGAGAUCGACCAGGCGGAGUUCACGCUGAGGAAGAGGUUACCACGCAAGCUGCCACGGCGCAGAAACGACGUCUACGUCAACAUGAAGACCGACUUCCGCGCCCAGCUGGCUCGCUGUCAGAAGCUGCUGGAGGGAGGCGAGUUCAACGAGAUCUGCAUCCACGGGCUGGGGCUGGCCAUCAACCGGGCCAUCAACAUCGCGCUGCAGCUGCAAGGGAACGGGCUGGGGGCGCUGCGGCUGGCUCCGAACACGUCCACGGUGGAGCUGGUUGACGAUCUGGAGCCCGAGACGGACGAGGGAGAACCGGCGAGCCGAACGCGCAACAACUCUGCCAUUCACAUCAAAGUGUUCCGCGUGGACCACCAGUAGGGUGGCGCUCUCAUCCCCCACACAGCUAAUAACAGAUUAAUAACAGCUAAUAGCAGAUGCAAAUACAUUUAAGACAUAAUGCAUUAAAUACAGUGAGAUACAGGGCAGAGCACAGUCAAUACAAACAGCAUAUAACACAAUGCAGAUACAU